ACAGUGACUCCUCGACGGAAGAGGUUUGUACCAUUUGCAUUACUCAAGGAAUGCGAUGUACAUGGUAAUUACGAACCAAGUAACUGAUCGGUGCCAUUCUUAUCCCCACUAUCUUGCCAGAACGAGAACACUGUCGGCAACAUUCCUAUGCACUGGUACGACGAUUACCCACAUAUCGGAUACGAUAUCAACGGCAAAAAGAUCAUGAAGCCCGCCACCGGCGACGAGCUUGACAAGUUCCUCAGUACCAUGGAUGAUCCAGACUCAUGGUUAUCGGCUCACAACUAUAAGGAGGGUCAAGAUGUCAAGUUGACAGCAGAGGAGCUCGAAAUCAUCCGCAGAUUGGAGGGCAACAGGAUUCCCGAUGCAGACUACAACCCAUACGAGGAUCAGGUUGAAUUCUUCACGUCAAAGACCGAAAUCAUGCCUCUAUCUGCUGCUCCUGAACCGAAGCGUCGUUUCAUUCCCUCGAAGCAUGAAGCGAAGAGGAUUAUGAAGAUCGUUCGCGCCAUUCGUGAAGGUCGCAUCGUUCCUCGCAAGUCUGGCUAUGUUCCUCCUAAGCCAAAGUUCUACAACCUCUGGAACGAUGCGGAGGACAAGCAAAGGGAGGAGCAUGUUAUGCACAUUGCUGCGCCCAAGAUGAAGUUACCCACUCACGACGAGAGUUACAACCCGCCUGCCGAAUACUUGCCAACAGAAGAGGAGAUCAAGGAGUGGAACGAGAUGGACAAGGAGGAUCGUCCAAAGAACUAUCUCCCACAAAAGUAUAAUGCCCUCAGGAAUGUUCCAGGUUACGGCCAGUUUAUUCAGGAGCGUUUCGAGCGUUGCCUGGAUCUCUAUCUGGCACCUCGCGUACGCAAGAACCGUCUCAAUAUCGAUCCCGAGAGUUUGAUUCCCAAGCUACCCUCACCUCGCGACCUGCAGCCUUUUCCCACCCGCCUUGCCAUCGAAUUUCUGGGACACGAGGGUCGUGUUCGUUCAAUCUCUGUCGAUCCCUCCGGCUUGUGGCUCGCAUCUGGAUCUGACGACAAGACUGUCCGCAUUUGGGAAAUCGCUACUGGCCGCUGCAUGGCUACCUACCAUUUGGAUGAGCUCGUCACGUCUGUUGUCUGGGGACCCAAUAAGGAGGUUGCUAUUCUCGCAGUCGCAUGCGGAUACAAGGUCGGACUUAUCUUGCCCGAAAAGAUUUUCUCAUCCGAGCUCACUUUGCACUCUGAGGAAUACCUGAAGGCAGGAUUCGCCAGCAGCGUCACAUCAGAGACGAACUCUAAAGCGACAUGGAAGCAGCCAACACCCGCGGAAUUUGAUCAGGGCAUUCGUGUCUGGGUUCAUCUUCAGAAGGCAGUGAAGCAGGUUACAUGGCAUCGUAAGGGAGACUAUUUUGCCACGGUUGCGCCGGAUGCCAAUAACUCCGCUGUUUUAAUCCAUCAAUUGACUAAGCACCAGACUCAGCAGCCCUUCAAGAAGAAUAAGGGCGCUGUGCAGAGGGUCAUGUUUCACCCCAACAAGCCCAUGUUCUUUGUCGCCACGCAGCGUUAUGUUCGCCAAUACAACUUACAGCGUCAGGAGCUGGUUAAGACCAUGCAAACUGGUGUUAAGUGGAUCUCAUCGUUAGAUAUUCACCCUGCAGGAGACAACUUGAUCAUCGGGUCGUAUGAUAAGCGUCUGUGCUGGUUCGAUCUCGACCUCUCGUCUAAGCCUUACAAGACUCUGAGAUACCACCAGCAGGCCAUCCGUUCUGUCGCCUAUCAUAAGCGCUACCCACUCUUUGCGUCAUGCGCGGAUGAUGGCACUGUGCAAAUCUUCCACGGCAUGGUUUAUAACGACUUGCUGCAGAACCCAUUGAUUGUCCCCGUCAAGAUCCUUAAGAAUGUUCACGAACGCAUCGAUGCCCUUGGCGCACUAUGCGUGGAGUGGCAUCCUUCGCAGCCAUGGCUGCUCUCCAGUGGUGCCGAUCACACGAUCAAGCUGUUCUCGUAGGCCUCGCAGCGCACGCGUUCAUCAAUUCAUUCAUCUGCAUUCAUAAUAAAUAUCCAUCUAGACUUACGAAACGCUGUGCGGGUUUGAUGUUGCG